UUCGUCAAGUUCCGGUGCCUCCAUCUUCUUGACAUAUAAAAGCCGGUAGAGGAAACACUGUGAUCAGUGUGUGUUGACCAAGUUAUUCAACAUGUUGCGGUGGUUAUCAAACGACGACCGUCGAAAGAAAGAGCCCGAGGUGUACGCGAAUGUAGUUGAAGGGCUAAAGAAAGUCUACAAGCAGAAAUUACUGCCAUUGGAAGAGCACUACAAAUUUCACGAUUUUCAUUCCCCGCCCCUCGAUGACGCUGAUUUUGACGCUAAGCCUAUGAUUUUGCUAAUCGGCCAGUAUUCAACGGGUAAAACCACAUUCAUCAGGUACCUUCUGGAGGCAGAUUUCCCCGGAAUAAGAAUCGGCCCUGAACCAACAACGGAUAGAUUUAUAGCUGUUAUGUACGGUGAUCAAGAUGGCAUGGUUCCUGGUAAUGCGCUUGUGGUUGACACGAAGAAACAGUUUCGUCCCCUGUCAAAGUUUGGUAACGCCUUCCUCAACAGAUUCCAGUGUUCCAUGGUAAAAAAUUCAGUCCUGGAUAGUAUUACAAUUGUUGACACACCUGGAAUUUUAUCUGGUGAGAAGCAGAGGGUUGACAGGGGGUAUGACUUUGCAGGUGUCUUGGAAUGGUUUGCAGAGAGGGUUGACCGGAUUAUCCUUCUAUUUGAUGCUCAUAAACUUGACAUUUCUGAUGAAUUUCGCAGAGCAAUAGAUGCAAUUAAGGGCUAUGAUGAGAAGAUUAGAAUUGUCUUGAACAAAGCCGAUAUGGUUGAUCAUCAGCAGUUAAUGAGAGUUUAUGGAGCGUUGAUGUGGUCCCUUGGAAAAGUGCUCAAUACACCAGAAGUAGCAAGAGUUUAUAUUGGAUCAUUUUGGGAUCAACCAUUACACUUUGAUAUGAACAGAAGGCUCUUUGAACUAGAAGAAACAGAUCUGUUUAAAGAUUUGCAAAGUUUACCAAGAAAUGCAGCCCUUCGGAAACUGAAUGACCUCAUCAAGCGGGCACGACUUGCCAAGGUCCAUGCUACAAUCAUCAGUCAGUUGAGAAAAGAGAUGCCAUCAGUGUUUGGAAAGGAUUCCAAGAAGAAGGAACUCAUCAACAAACUGGGAGACACGUUUGCUACCCUCCAGCGAGAGUACCAGAUAUCCCCUGGAGAUUUCCCUGACAUCAAACGCAUGCAGGAACAACUCCAACACCAUGACUUCACCAAGUUCCACGCCCUCAAACCCAAACUGGUGGAAACAGUGGACCACAUGCUGGCCAAUGACAUCUCUCGGCUGAUGCAGAUGGUGCCUCACGAAGAAAUGAUGGAAAACUCAGACAUUGGGAAUGUCAAAGGUGGAGCAUUUGAGGGCUACAAUGAGAGUCCAUUCGGGAUUGGCCGUGGAGAAGGUAUUGACAAGGGUCGUGGCGAGCAUGAAUGGGUCGUCAGUCAUGAGAAGUAUGAAUAUGAUGAUGCAUUCGAGAGACUGAACCCUGUCAAUGGAAAAAUUACUGGUGCUGCUGCCAAAAGUGAAAUGGUUAAAUCCAAGCUACCUAAUUCUGUGUUGAGUAAGGUAUGGAAGUUAGCCGAUGUUGACAAGGACGGAAUGCUAGAUGCUGACGAGUGGGCAUUGGCAAAUCAUUUGAUAAAGAUAAAGUUGGAGGGCCACGACCUUCCAUCGGACCUCCCUGAUCAUCUUAUACCACCAUCCAAGAAGAAAGAAGGGCCGGAAUGAAAAUUGCUGUUGCGUUAGAGUGUAAUCUGACCUUCAACUUUAACAUGAUGGCUUGUAUCUAACAACUCUCCUUCAAGUGUUGUUUGUGUUUGGAUUCUGACAUUAACACCGAUUGUGUGUGGUGCACACAUCUUGGAUUGAAGAAGUCUGUGAUGAAACAAGUCUGACCAUAACCCUAUCAUGAUCUUCUUCCGAUGUAGGGGUGGGGUGUAACAAACAACUGAUGGGAGGUAGUGCCUGGCACAUGUCGUCAUCCUUCUGAUUGUGUCUGUCUCUUGUGUGGGUAUAUUGGUACUAUUCAUUAGACAUGGAGAUACAACGGCCACGAUACAUGCAUUUGGUAUUGCUUUGACAAAUUUGUACCUCAACUGUAAUUAAUGAAUGAGAAAUGCAAUUGAUAAAGAACUUUGAUUUAGUACCGUUUGUACAAAAGACAUUUCUGUGUACAAAAUCCAAUAUCAUUUUUGACAAAUAUAUAUAUAAUUAUAUAUUCUAUAUUAUUUUAAUUAAUUAUCUUAUAUCAGUGUAUGACAUAAGCCAAAAAUCCAGCCAGACAUCAGGAUUUAACCAGA